AUGAAGAUGGCAAGUUCCUCAGGCUCCUGGCUCUCCAGAUGCUUCAUCACACUCAUCUUCCUCCAGUUGCCUUUGCAUGUGUCAGCCCCAUCUCCAGGGAGGUUCUCCUCAUCAGCAGUGGCUCUUGCUGUGAUCCUGCCUGUCCUGGGGAUUUUCAUCUUGGUGGGCAUUUACAUCAUCUGGAAGCAAAGAAGGUCAAAAGAGAGGCUUCUCUAUGAACACGCAAUGGAGGUAGAAAAUCUUCUCUCAGACCAUGCAAAAGAAAAAGGACGUCUCUAUAAAGCCCUCAAGAAACUCCGGCGUGAACUGAAGUUAAAGAGAUCUGCAGCAAACUCAGGCUGGAGAAGGGCCCGGCUACACUUUGUGACGGUGACCCUGGACCCAGACACAGCGCAUCCCAAACUCAUCCUGUCUGAGGACCGCAGGUGCGUGAAGCUUGGAGACACAAGGCAGCCUGUGCCCAACAACCCUCAGCGAUUUGACUUCGUCGUCAGUGUCCUGGGCUCUGAGUACUUCAUAGCUGGCUGUCACUACUGGGAGGUGUCUGUGGCAGACAAGACCAAGUGGGCCCUGGGGGUGUGUAGUGAAUCAGUGAGCAGGAAGGGGAAGGUCACCGCCUCGCCCGCCAAUGGACACUGGCUCCUGCGACAGAAUCGCGGGAAUGAGUACGAGGCCCUCACAUCCCCGCAGACCUCCUUCCGCCUGAAAGAGCCCCCGCGGUGUGUGGGGAUUUUUCUGGACUAUGAAGCAGGAGUCAUUUCCUUCUACAACGUGACCGACCAGUCCCACAUCUUUACUUUCACCCACAGUUUCUCUGGCCCCCUUCGCCCUUUCUUUGAACCUUGCCUUCAUGAUGGAGGGAAAAACACGGCACCUCUAAUCAUCUGUUCUGAACUCCAAAAACCGGAAGAAUCAACUGUCCCCAAGCCAGAAGAAAAAGGCCUUGCUAAUGGAGAUGUGGCCCUGCAGGUGGACCCUUUUCUGCUCCCCGCUCAGGCACCAGAGCUCCUCCCACUCAGAGAUAUGAUCCUGUCCUGGCCCUCUGACAUUGGCCCAGCCCUUCAGGGGCUCAAGGUUCCUUCUUUUUAGGGAUGAGCCUCAUCUCCUGCUCCCCGGACCCUCCAGCCCAGUGCCCUGGAUUUCAGUCUCUUGGUCUAACCACCUGA